CUCAGAACAUCUGAGAGAGCGCUCAGCUCUUCACCGAAAGACAUUGGUGUAAUUUCCCUCUUCAAAACACAGAAAUUCACUACCUACAUCGUUUGUCUUGAAUUCAUUAAAUUGCCCGAGCUGGCCUUGAACUUGAGAUCCUUCUCACUCAGACUUCUGAAUGCUGAAAUCACUGACCUAUACCACCAAAUCCAGAGACCACUUGGAACCACCUCUGUUCCCUAUCCAGAAAGGCUCCCUCAGUCUUCUGAGGCAGAAAUGGGAAUCCAGCGAUCACCCGAGAAGUGAAAGUUGUCCUGGCGGCAGUCACUCCAGGCUCCUUCAGCCUCUGGAAAACAAACUGCUGGAGCCUGACUUAGAGGUUCACUCAGCACCUGAGGCUCCCCACCCUCCGAGUCUGCCCUGCAGUAAAGGACAGAUGUUAAAUGCAGAGCCUGAAAACAAAAGUCCUGAGGACAAGAAUGACCAUUCCAGAGAAUGCAGCCAGCCUGAAGUGCUAAAGGAAGAUUCCCUGACGGGUCGCCGCAGGAUCGAACGCAUUUCUAUUGCCCUUGACGAGCUGAGAAGUGUGUUUGAGGCCCCUAAAUUUGGACACAGAACAGCUAGACCACCUGAAUACAGCCAAAAGGAAGUGGAAACUGAGCGAAGUUUGUGUUCACCAGUGCUUAAGAGUCAUCCCAGGAGCCAGUCAGAAGAGUCUGUGAAAGAUUCAAACAAGAAAGGGGAGAAAACAUCUUUGGACAAGAUGUCACCUGAAAGUGCUCAAAGCGACACCUUUGAAGGUUAG